AUGACGAUGAUGAUGAUGCAGCGACUUCUGCAGCAACCGGACCUGCAGCAGCCACCUCCUCAGCAGCCGCCGGCGUCGUCGUCGUCGUCGUCGUCGUCAUCGUCGUCAUCGACGUCGUCCCCGAGCCCGACGUCACUGGGCCGGCCGCUGCACGCGGUGUUCGCGGGCGCCGCCAUGCCGCUGCCGCUCGCGCCCAUGCUGCCCGGCAACGGCGCGGCCGCGGACGGCGCGGACGACGAGGAGGACGAGCUGCGGCGCCGGCUCAAGGAGGACGUGAAGCAGUCCCUGGCCGCGCUGCCCGUGGACUUGACGCGCAGGCCCUUCGGUCUGCGGCACCCCUGCGAGGACCGGCUGUCGCCCACGUCCUCCAUGGCGUCGUCCUCGGUGCAGGACGACGAGCACCUCCACAACAACAACAACAACAGCCGCGACGUGGACGACGGCGACGUGACGGGCGACGACGACAUGUGCAGCGACGUGGACCUCGAGUCCAGCGACGUCGGCGAGGACACCAAGGACGGCGAGGGGUCGCCGUCCAAGAAGAAGUCCUCGGGGGGCGGCGGCGGCUCCGGGGGCGGCUCCUCCAAGUCGUCCGGGGGCGGCAAGGCGCGGCGCGCGCGGACCGCCUUCACGUACGAGCAGCUGGUGGCGCUGGAGAACAAGUUCAAGCACACCCGGUACCUGUCGGUGUGCGAGCGGCUCAACCUCGCGCUGUCGCUGUCCCUCACCGAGACGCAGGUGAAGAUCUGGUUCCAGAACCGGCGCACCAAGUGGAAGAAGCAGAACCCCGGCCUGGACGUGAACAGCCCCACGGAGCGGCAGCCGCCGCCCGGGCCGCACCACCAGGGCCCCUUCUCCGGGGCGUUCCACCCCCACACGGGGCUGCUCUACUCCUACCCCUACGGGUCGCAGGGCUACACGGGCCACCCCUACUUCCACCACCCCCUGGGCCACAGCUCCUGAGGGCCGGGAGCACCGUCUCCAGUUACCGCAGCCGACGAGUGACAGAGUCCUGGCUGCCCCAGUGGUAUAGGGGGAUCUAUACUACUCGCCCUUGCUCUGCGACGACCUUCCCAUUCGGAUAGUAUUUUUGGUUGGACCCGUUCGAAGAGGCCGCACAAGCUUAGGAAGAAAGUGGACUCAUAGUGAAAUAUUUUUGUCCCCUGGACUGAUGUGGACUGAUGAUGAUCGCCACCGAGUGUGUGAAAUGUUUGUACUAUAAACCGCCGCUUGGCAUGACGAGUUCUUGUGAUAUUUUUCAUCCGACGCGUGCGCGCCACGGUCGGGUGAGGUGAACUCGCGUUGCAGUAGACGAUGCUUCGUGUUCCAAAGUCUCGAAAUAAACAGAUGUUUAUUUCUGUACAGAUGUUAGUUGUAUAUACUAUUUGUUUUCAUAUUGCACUGAAUGUUUCGCCGCAAAUGGAUGUGUAAAAAAAUGGCAUGUUGUGGCUCUUUAAUUGUUACCAGAUGUUAUUAUUAUUAUUGCUAUUACUAUUAUUUCAUUAAUUAUUACAAUUUUAUUUGACGGGAUCUUGUUUUAGUUGUUUAUGACAUUCCUGUCUGAAGGAGCCAAGAAAUUGUCGCCAAGACUGUAAGCAAAGCAAAACAUAAUCUUCAGGUUCUUUUUUAUU